UUUAUAGAGCUAGCUACUCUCUGAGCUGAGCAAAGAAACAACGUACUGAGUAUAACGUACUUGGUUGGGUAUCAGGUACAGUGCUACAAUCGAAAGAGUGGAAUAAUACAGCAAACAGAGAAGAGGCCUAAAGAUUCCAAGCUCUCUAUUGUGUGUGUGGCUGACUGGUGUCAGUUCUCAGUGAGCGCCCCCUCAAGGUUCAAGGUCUGGACAUGUAAGGUCUGGGGGGUUCCAAGUUCUGGGAUUCAUGGUUGCCUGCUAGGGGUCAACGGAGGUGUAUCAGAAAUCAGCAAGAUACAGCGCUUUUGUGUAUAGCCUCGAUACCAUCAAGCGGCUUGUUCUCGAGGUCAACCCACGGCUGGCCUCAAUACUUGUAUCUCUGCUUUUGACAAAAAGAAAAUUUGACCCCUCCCCCUUCCCCUUGAAUAAUAAUUAAGCUUAUAGUAGUGUGCUGGAGAAGUUCGGAGAAAUCCAAUUAGUGACCUUAAUUAGCUACAGUGGUUUCAGCCUUGAUCUUCUGGUCGCAUCCUAAAUGGAGUACCUCCAAAAAAUUACGACCACCAUUUUGAAGUCAUUCCAAGAGCUCUCUCACUAUCUGCAGUCUAAGUCAUGCCAAAAGGAAGGAAGAGAAAGGAGGCUCCUGCUGCUGUAGAAGGAGGCUCUGGCUCCACUAGUGAAGAGAACCAGCUCGGUGUUCCUGGCUACCACGUCUACUGGCACCCUGCAGAGAAAAAAGGCUACAGCGAUUUAAAGAACCCCAAGACAAACACAAAGAUAGCUGGUUUCACGCCUGAGGAGAGACAGGACUUCACAGAGCUACUUGAGGAGGGUUUCGUGGACACCUUCCGUCACCUGUAUCCCGACCUCGCUGGAGCGUACACUUACUGGUCAUACCGGCUCAACGCCAGAGCCAAGAACACUGGCUGAAGUAUCUUCUCUGCCGUUGCUAAGGCCAUUGUUAGGCUACACCAUCGGACAAAACCCAUCAUACAUCGUGACCUCAAGGUAUGAGGGCUAAACUGGAUGCCUGUCCUCUCAAAGAGCUCGAGGAUUUCACUAUUCUCUCGUGUUUGUUGGACUGGAAAUGGUCCUCAACUUUAUCAAUACUAAGGAGAUUAGCUCUGGGUGGAGUUGUUGGAAGGGCUACCUGUUGACCUCUGACCCUGAGCUGUGUCCCAGUAUCUGGCAAGUGUGUGAGGUGGUGUCCAGGAUCUCAGGAACCACCAACCAUGUCACUAACGUCUUUGUAUAUAUGAGAGCUAAACUGGAUGUAUGUCCUCUCAAAGAGCUGGAGGAUUUCAAGAGCUGCUCACUAGAGAACUGUGUAGUUACUAGUUACCUAGGUCACCACCAUUAAUGUGCUAUUGUUUACAGUGUGGUGGCUGUGAAUCAUUAUCAA